CUUUUGUAACACUUUCAGUUUUGCUUCCUCUUUAAGCAUUUUUAAUGUUUUUAAGUUUUGACACCCGAUUGUAGGACUCAUGUAGAACUUUAACCAUGUUCUCAAAUCUUCUGCUGCUGUUUUGCUUCAUCUAUUACAGUGGAACUCCUCGUGCAGGAACUAAACUUGUACAUGUUACAGGAAAAAAGGGAGACAGCGUCAUCCUGCCAUGUGAAUUUAAGGCCAGACAGAUUUCUCAUUAUCAUUUAAGCAGUUGGUCAAAAAUGAUCUAUGUUUGUCAGAGUGAAGAAUGUGAGAGUGAAAAUGGCCGAGUAUUUAAACAAGGAAACUGUAACGUCGUCAUCAAGAAUCUGAUCUUCAGUGAUGCAGGGAAAUAUGUUUUGAGAGUCUAUUACAAUAAUGCUCAGUUAAUGCUGGAGCGACUAACUCUGGAGUACUAUCUUCAUAUUCAGGAUGAGAUUUCUGUGACAAUUGGUGAGAAACUGAAGUUGGAUGUUCUGUUGACCAAUACUAAAAAAGUUGUGCAUCAAAACAAAAUCAACACAGAGUGGAUGGUGGUCUGGAAGAGAAGAGGUGGGGUCAAGAAUGAUCAACUGACGGUCAGUGAUGGAAACCUGACCAUUAAUGCAUUAACAGUCAGUGAUGCAGGAACAUACAGAGCUCUGGAUUUUGAUGAUGAGAUCUUGAUAACAGUGACAGUCACAGGAUCCGGUACAGACUCAAAGGGAAACCACACAGAUGAUGACAAAACUGAUGUCACUCUCCAAGUUCCUGUAAUGAAUUGGAUUUUGAGUGUUGCAAUGUGUUUGUUUGCGGUUCUGCUGGGUCUGGCUGUGAUUAUACUUGUCACCAGGAAACCAAUUUCUGAACAGGAAAGUGGAAAAUGAUUCCCCCCAGGGGAUCACAAUGUAAUAAACUGCAAUGGGCUUAAAUUUGUUCCUUUGUUCCAAAUAAAUAGCUUAUGAUCCACAAAUAAAUGUAAAGUGAUUCACAUGGAGUUCCUGUACAUUUGUAAAUUGGUUUGUGAAUUUCUGCAUGCAUUUGUGGAUUUUGAAACAUUUCCAGUGUCAAAUCCAAAAAUGGGUGAAUUGUAGACUCACUGUCUACUUAAGCCAAUCAGAUAACAGGCACGAUGCACUGACCAGUCAUAGCUAGGAAGUGUACGGUUCAUAAAAAUUGGUACAGUAAAAUAUUUUUUAAAUGUGAAUUUCGUUGGAUCAUUAAAUUGUGUAUCAAGGCAAGCCACAGUAUUUCACACAGUAUAAACAUACAAGUUUGUGUAAUAAAUUUCUGUCACACAAUAGGCACAGUGUUUCCCCAGUGUUACUUAGUUUUACCUUGUUAAACUAAAUGGUCUUAUGUUAUUUAUCUUUUUUACAUGACCGCAUUUCAGUUCUGUCUUUACAUAAAUGCACGUCUACAAUUUCUCCAUGAAAAUGCGGACUGGAUCAUAAAAACUGAAUUUACCCUAUAUCGCGGAAUGCAAUGUAUUUCAUCCAUUUUUGGAUGAAUAAAUCAAAAUUGAGUCUGUCACUUAAUUUGAAUCGUGAUAUGGACCAUUUUUCGCUAGGCCAUUUUUAGGGGGGCUAUAUCUGGAGUGGAUGGUGGGUGGAGUCAUCUAUAUGUGGAUUUUUCUUGCACAUCUUUACACUAGAAAUGUUUUGAAAUCAGCAAA